GCAGUACAAUGCAUCCGCCCGAUAGAACGCCGCGUACCUCACGAUGUGGCUAUCUGCGCAGCCGCAAGCGCAUUAAUCCGCAUCCAAUAACGCAAUUGAUGAAGCUUGCAAAGGCAGAAAAAUCCGAGGAGCACUCAACGGAGCCGGAAUCCUCGUCGAAUCCCGAAUCCCAGCCAGCUGUCCAGGAUAGUGGCACCGACGGUGACCAGGACAUUGGAAAACUAUUCAAGAAUUCUUUCUAG